UACGGGCGUUAAACCCACCGACGUUGUAAUCGACUAUGGAAGAUUGGCCCCAAAACAACAUAGGUUUUUACGUUACGUGCCGCGCACCUCAUUCACCCGCAUCUAAAUCUCAUUUCAUCAUCACUCAAAACGAUCCAGCGCUGUCAUUUUUCAAGCGCUGGAAUGUGAACAGUACGUGUUGGUGCAUUAUUAUCAGCAUGGUCAUCUUCGUAACAGGUUCGGGGGUCCGCGGUUCUCCGGGACGCGGAGCGGCGGCUGCUGCAGCGGCGGCCGCCACCGGUGGAAGUCCGUCGUCGGCCGUGGUGGCAGCCACGGAGGAGCGACAGAACCUGACCUGCUACUCGUGCAACUCGCAGCUGGAAGGCGAGGGAUGCCGCUUCCCGCACAACAUGAGCCUCGCCAUGAGGCGCACCUGCCCGCCGUCGCACCGAUUUUGCACGGUGACCCGCGUGGACUACAGCGUGGACCCGGGCGGCGCCAUGCGGCCCUUCUCGAUCGAGCGCAACUGCAGCGAGCACUGCACCACCGAGUGCGUGGCGGUGGGCGAGCGGCUGCGGCUCUACCUGUGCCACUCGUGCUGCGCCGAGAGCCUCUGCAACACGGGCAACGAGGCGCGCGCCCUGCUCGAGGAAGGGGGCCGGGCGCUGCUCGCCUCGCGUCGGCUCACCGUGCCCCUGCUCGCCCUGCUGGUGGCCGCGUGCCUGUGAGCGGAACGGCGGCCCUCGGCCCGAGACGUUUCCCGAAUGGAAGCCACGGUUGAACUCGUUGAGAGACGAGCACAAAUCUCACACACGCUCAUCGUUCGAGUCGUGAGAAGUAGUGCGUCCCGUCUGUUUUUUUGUUUUUUUUUCUCUUGCUUUGAGUUGUGAGGAAGCAGCACCGUACGGUACCCCGGACUCUUGUCGGGUGUGCUACGUGUUUCCGUUUUUUCUUGCGGUUUAUUCCACUACGAUUCCAUUCCGACUUGCCUGACUGGCUGUUGUUAUAGAGACCCACGUAGUUUGUCUCUUGGCUGGUUGGUCUGAAUGUGAAUUACAGUUGCGCUGCGCAAGCUUGGACGAAUCAACCCUAUAGAGGAGCACUUGGUAUUUCGCGCCGGACGGCGUCGCAUGCUGUCGCAUACGACUUGAAGCAGCGCGAAGGGACGAGGGCAUGAACAAGAAAAACAACCACGACGGGACGAGCGGUGACUGCCAAAUGAAGUUUAUUCGAGAAAGCACCAGUCAUUUGUAAUCUGUCGAGAACAAGAACCAUCGAGAUCGACAGGCAUGCACAUAUAGGGACACUACAAGUGCACGUGUUUAUCCAGUUGCGUUCGUUGUGUUCGACCAAGUUCCUGCAGUGCAAAUCUAAUUCGCGUCGUUUGUGUUGCGUUUGUGCCGCGUUCGAGAGACAGCACUUGACGCUUCACGAAUCGAGCUGUUCACCGUGGAGGAGUUCAGUGAGAGUUGUUGAUCACGUUUGGAAGCAUGGGCGUACUUAACGCCCCUCCCUGUACGCGGGUCUCGAUAAGUGAUACGACGACAGCGUUCUCCAUCUGAGGGCGAGGCGCUCGUUCUCGAGAAGGUGCUGAUACGUUCAGCGAAAGGAGCAGGUAAAUGUACAGCGGAGUAAGCUUUGGGCAUGCGCCUUAAAUCUGGCUGGAUCCAAGUAUUGAAAAUAAAUUCUAUUUAGAGAGCAGCGAGGUCACAACUUCCGGCGCACACUCCCACAGUGUUUUCUCUCGCUAUGGUAGAUCAUCAGCAGCUCUCGCAUAUAGCGCACCUUCUCUUCUUGGGCGUAUUUCUUAUAUAUAGUGCCGCUGUAGCAGUGCCGUCCUGGACGAGUACGCACCAUGAGCUCCAAGCUUACAGCGAAUUAAAAGAAAACGCCGCGGCUGCGAGCCAAGCGAGGAAGUAGCUGCACUUGGAGUACGGUUGACGCGCCGGGAACUAGAGUCAUCCCGUAUACUUUUUCCCUACCUUGAGGAAUGUACCGCGAGGCCCGUGGCCUUGCGAGUUUAUAAUGAAACUCUGCGAAAGGCGCGUGGCAGGAGCGGGUGAGUGAGUCACGUGAGGCCGCGAAUUUUGGCGCCGUAGCCCUUCCUGGGAUCAUCCUUUUACAGAGCCGCAACUUUACAAAGCCGCUCGGUGAUCUGCCGGCGCCCGCGGAACCAGGUUGCCGCGGUCUCGCAGUGUGACGCACAGUGGAAUGGGACGUGACUCACAGCUCCACUUCGUGGGCCAUUGCGGAUUCUCUCUUUAAGAAAGUGGCGCAGCUACUACGGAGCUCCCUGAAGGGGGCCAACUGAAUUCGUAAAGCUUUUCUUUCAAAGGAACGCUUUCGCCCUUUGUCGGUAUAGCCUUUCCUAUAGGAAUAAUAUGUGUUUGCUAUCGUAAUUGGGCGCCGCUCGUUCUCCAUAAACCCUUCUCUUUCUAUACUCCAUCUCAGCAGUUCCAUGCAGUUAAGCGGAAGCUAUAUGGGUUGCGCCAGCUGUGCCAGAAAAUAAAACCGGAACAAAGACUCCUCCAUUGUCAGCUUCCGCGGUCGGCCUCCGCGAGACACCGGCUGAAUGGAAGCUUCACGAAAGAAUCAGCGGUGCACGGCGGGCGAGCCCUCUUCUUCCCUUAAUUCUGUUGAACACACAACACUCUCUGGUUUCUGAUUGGCUGGCACGAACUUCGUCUUCGCCGCACUGCACGGAGUUGGCGAGAUGGAGGACAGGGCAUGCGAAGUGUUUUUGUGAAUACGGGCCCCAGAACCUAGUCGAACGUCAGUGUUGUGACAUAGUUAUUCGAUUAACUGUUUUAUAUAUGCUACCGUUAUACUGUUGUAAGAGAUGUCUUUCUCGAUAAGUAGGUUGACUGUUAGGCGGCCACUGGCCUUCGCGCAACGCGACAUUGAUUGUUAGUUUUCUUGUUGUUCUUUUUCUUGAGCUGGACACAUAUAGAUAAGAAUGGCCUGUAGCAGAUAGCAGGCACAGUUGGACCACUACAGCUGGACUGUACCGUAUAGAUAGGCGGACAUAUCUCGCUGAAGGAAGCAGAAUGGUCAGUUGGAUAGGUAACAAAAUUUUCUUUAAACAGCUUUCUGGAAACUGAGUUUACGGGAUGUGUUUACUUUGCAGGGGUAGAAGGCUGUUAUUUUCUUUUAUUUUUCAAAAGCCAUUCCAAUUUGUGGAAGUUUUCCAGCACAAUUGUGCGUCAGGCUAUCGGGUGUUGAAAUGGCGACUCAAAACGUCGAUUGAAGUGCUGUGGAAGAUAAAAACAGCCGCACCAUCAGUGCUUCGGCUCCUAUUUUCCCAUAACACUUAGGGAUAAUUUCGACUCAUUGUGUUGUACGUGUCGCUCGAACAACCCAUAUUUUCAUUUCAGCAAGCGUGGCUCUUAUACAAUGCAUAUUUCGAAGAGUGGUCUUCCGAAUUGUUUGUUUUUUUUUUUUUGCUAAUUCUUUUUGUUUUCUUCUUAUAGUAACAAGGGGCCAUUUAGGAGUUUGCUUGACGUACAUGCGUAUACAAUACUGCAUCAGUAAGAAAACUUUGCUAUAUUUGGCGCCUUCGCCACGACAAAGCAGUUGUCCGGCAGAACCUGUAAAAGCUCUGCUUCAAUAUAUAACAGUGUUCGCUGCAAAGCCCUGCACCAUGCCGAUUCCUCAAAGGCCACAGUUUUGAAGAAAAUGUUAAAGAAAAUUCGAAAUGGGUCGAGUGAUAUAACGCGGAAUGAUCGAUAGGUAAUUAUUCCUAAUGACAACCGGCUUUAUGAGUCAUGUCAGCUAGCUUGAUACGCGAUUAUGAGGCGCGUCGCGGAGACAUUGCCUAAAUAAAAUUGACGUUCCAUUUGACUCAAUUGAUAUUCUAAGUGAAAUUGAGUUAUUGAAAUCAAUGGUUAAUCAUAUCUUGAAGAACGAUGGCGCCAGUGGCGUUUACAGAAUGGAGCGGCUUAGGGAGUGUAUGACAAGGUUCGUAUCUGCACUAUAAGGAUGCAUCCGAAACUCGGUAUAAUGACGGCACAUAAUUCGUAAAACUUUGCCAUUCUGCUUCUUGACGCUUGUUCUUUGUCGUGCAGGUUGUUAUACGUCCGCUUCUCCGCAUAACACAGCUGCAAAGACAAAAAUGACGAUAUUUGCUUUCAUGCGGCGCAUUAAAAAAAUGAUCAAAUUAAACAAACAAACGAACAAAAGAGCUGUACGUUUGACAGUUCGCGUAUACAUUAUUACAUCGUGUGUGCUUCUAGCAACGCUACUGCGUUGAGGUGUUUGACUGUGUGAAGACUGGAAGGCCGACGGUUGCAGUUCCUGAGAGGAUGUUAUAAAUUCAUGAUGAUAACAUCAAAAAAAGUUUUCAGAACGCAAGGAAUUUGUCCGUAGGUUUCGCUUACGGUACGGCAAAAAUCACACGUGGCAAUCAACAAUUGAAUACGAUUAAUUGAUAACGAGUGUCGUCUCAUGGUCCCUCAAAUCAGCAGUUCUUGUGCCAAAGUUUGUAUUGAACGUCUCGCGUGCCAGCUUUAAUAGACAUCGGGACAAACUUGUUGCAGCGCGGUUUAGCCGAUGCCUCAAGGCGGGGCCUGUCUAUACUUCCGCCUGUGUGUUUCGUUCUUUGGUUUAUUGUAGAUUUUGCAGCGAGUGCAAGCCGGCGCUGGAACUCACGGGCUUGGAGCUACGUGUCUGGAGCCUUUUCAAUCAUUGUCAUUCCCGUAAACAUUGUUAAAAAAAUAAAUAAGUGUUUCAGAAAUGCUG